AUGUCAGAUUUUAUGCGUGGCCUCCAGGCUUUUGAGCGUCUCGUCAAGUCCGACGAAGGCAUCCGUGCAGGCUCUUGCGGCAAGUGUGGAGGAAGUGGCCAUUUGACGUACGAGUGCAGGAACCUGAUCAAGCUAGAUACACCCACAGCAAAGCCAAAGGGCAGCUCCCGUUUCGGAUUCCUCAGGAAACAGGUCCCAGGCGCCGCCUCCCCAACAGCAGCAUCUUCGCCAACAGCAGAAGCAGGAUCUGACAAGAAGGCGGCCGACUCGCGGUCGAACAAGGAUGAAAAGUCGUUAUCGCGUCACAAGAAAAAGAGACGAGGCAGUGGCAGUGAUAGUGAUUCCGCAUCGGAUGAUUCGGACUCUUCUUCAUCGUCUUCAGGAUCAGAUUCGGAGGAGGAGCGUAGACGAAGGAAGAGAAAGCACCGAUCAACCAAGGAAUCAUCUUCACGUCAUGGCAAAGACAGCGGCCGUCGAGACGACAAGGAUGGCCGGCAUCGCCGAUCCUCUCGUGAUCGUUCAAAGGACAGGAGUGGACGUAGUAGCCGUCAUGAACGCUCUUCCAGAUCAUCAUAUCGUCGUCGUAGUUCGACUUCUCGUUCACCCACCCGCUCUUCAAGACGUGACAAGGAGGCAUCCAAGAAGAGCAGGUCUGAUUCGCGCUCGCCAAGGACCUCUAGAGGACGAUCGCGCACUCCUCCACCGAUGCGUGCCCCAACUGCUCCAGUCCAACACCGACGCAAGGCGUGGGGCGGAUCAAGAUCAAAAUCGCGCUCUAGAUCUCCCUCGAGGCAAUGA